AUGGCAAACCACGAGACCACUAUUGAGUCGCCUCAGGUCAGCACCAGGUACGGACCAGCAACGCGCGCUACCCUCCGCACCCUCCAACUCAUCUUCGCGAUACUCGUCGCCGCCCUCUACGCAGUUGACCUGGCCCAUGCCACCGAAACGCGAUCUCACGCCUCCUCGGAAUGGAUCUUCGCCCAGGUUGUCGCCUGUUUCUCCGCUAUAACGGCCAUCCUCCAUUUCACGCGGGGGCGGAAGCGGGUGGUUGCGGCGUGGGCCGCUUGGGACUUUGUGCUGUUUGUUCUCUGGCUCGCGCAGACGGGGGUCUUCGGGACGAUUUACAUCUCUGAGGACGUGGAGCCGCUGUACCAGGAGCGGACGACCUCGUUGCUCAGGAUGAGGGUGGCGGUCUGGAUUGAUCUCGUGAACAUGGCGCUGUGGUUGGGGACGACGGUUAUGGGGCUGGUUUGGUGUGUUCAGGGGCGGAAGGUCUUCCGGGGUAUCAAGAGGUGCGAUUGUGCAGGGGCAGACAGGGGGUCUGAGCUGGAGAACGAGGCGGUCGAUGGUCCGACGAGGAAACAGCAAGAGACGGAGGCAUUGGCGGACUACAGCAAGGCCGUGGAGCGGUUGGUGGCGGGCGAGGCGAACUGCCCUCCGCCGCCUUACUGUGAGAAAGAGAGUGCUCACUCAAUUGAGAAACGGUUACAGUGA